UUCCAUCUUCAUUCAAACACAUUCCCAAAAUGGAAACUCGCAACAAAAAUGCUCUCGCUACUCUCUUCUUCUUCCUUCUCGGCGUCGGCAUUUCCUACGCCACAAGCCGCACCCUCCUCACCUACGACGUUCCGUACAAUGCCGGCCACGGCGGCGGAGAAGGAGGCAGCGCUGGCUACGGAGGCGUAGUUGGAUACGGCAGCGGUGGCGGCGGCGGCGGCCAUGGCGGUGGCGGAGGAGCUGCCUACGGUGGUGCUGGUGGGUAUGCUGGUGGAGGUGGUGAAGGUGGUGGAGGUGGAUAUGGAGGAGCCACCGGUGGAUACGGCGGUCAUGCUGGAGGCGGUGGCGGAGGCAGUGGAGGUGGCGGAGGAUCCGCUUACGGUGGCGGAGGGGAACAUGCUGGUGGCUAUGGAAGCGGUGGUGGUGAAGGCGGCGGAGCAACCGGCGGGUACGGCGGCGGGGAACAUGCCGGUGGUGGCGGCGGCGGAAGUGGAGGUGGAGGCGGAGCUGCCUACGGUGGCGGAGGAGAACAUGCUGGUGGUUACGGAGGCGGAGGUGGUGAAGGCGGCGGCGCAGGUGGGGCGUAUGGCGGAGCUGCUGGUGGAGGCGGCGGACAUGGAGGCGGUGGCGGUGGAGCAUACGCCGGUGGGGGAUAUCACGGCGGUGCGUAUGGAGGUGGUGAGGGUGGUGGAGCAGGAGGAGGAUACGGAGCUGGUGGGGACCACGGCGGAGGGUACGGGGGAGGUGCCGGAGGUGGAAGCGGCGGAGGAGGAGCGUACGGAGCCGGUGGAGCACAUGGAGGUGGUUAUGGAACGGGUGGUGGUGCCGGAGGUGGAUACGCGGGAGCAGGUGGAUAUGGAGGCGGAGGCGGCGGUGGUUCAGGUGGGGGCGGUGGAGGUGCGUACGGAGCAGGCGGCGAGCACGGUGGGGCUUACGGCGGCGGUGGAGGUUCAGGCGGAGGACAUGGCGGCGGCUACUACUCCCCUUGAAUGAUUUAAUAUAAUGAUAUUAUUGUUAUUAUCCCAUUUGUGUAUUAUCUAUCACCCGAGGGGACUAAAAUAAGAUGGAGGGGGUGGCGGUAUACAUAAAAUUAAAAUGCGUUUUUAUUAAGGUAUUGUAACAUUUUGUAUCCAUUUGAACUUUGAUGAUGUGCUUCCUAGUUAUUAAAAAACAACUUAUUAUCUUAA